UACCUGUGGAGCACACCGCACGCGCGCCCGGCGCACUCCCUCCCCUUCCCUUCGCCCUCCACUCCGCUGCCGACCCCGGCCGGCGAUGGCCACGGCCGCCGCCGCCGCCACCGCGGCCUCUACGUCGCUCCGCCCUCCGUGUGCAUCCCAGCGUCGCCUGGCGCAGAGUCUGCCGCGUCGGUGGUGUUGGGGGAUCCCGGUGCGGUCCGCCGGGGGGAGUGCAUUCCGUGCGGAGCGGCGGAGGCGGAGCACUCUGUUAUGCGCAGCUGAUAAAGCUCCUGAAGAAUCCCUCAAGAAGACCAUUGAAGUGGACAGGCUGAUUGAUACGCUGAGGGAUGCAAAUCCUAGAGAGCUUGAUCAAAUUGUGAUUGAAAAUGUUCUGUCAUUCGACGCUGGUUUCUGGGUUCGGCUGGCAGCAAGAAUUGAUCUCUGUAAAUCGGAUGAUGAUAAAAAAGAUUAUGAAGAGUUGGCUGAAAAUGUCAUGAACAUUGUUGACCGGCUUGUUCACAAGACUGAUCAAAAGAUUGAACAGUCAACUGAUGUGCUGAAGGCUAUCAUUAGUCCUGCCAUGCAUGAAGGAGAUGUGAAGUGGCCACCAAAAGAACCAGACACACUCAAAUUGAUGGAGAAAGAAAUAGCACGCCGAGAACAGGAAGGACAGCUCGAUGAAGGAUUUCUGUCAGAAGUUAGUGCUCAGUUGAGGCAAGUUAAACAAGAUGGAGAUAAGCCAGGGCUUCAAGCUAUGCUACAAAAGGUGUUGCAGUUAUAUGCUUCCAAAUCUCUUCAAAAACGUAGUUACGCGUACAAAGGGGGGCAAGUUGUAGUUCCUGAAAAGUUUCUUGAAUCCGUAAUACAGGCGCCUGAGAAUGAGUGGAACAAGGUGUUGCUUGACGGACUUACUGUAGGAAAAGGAGACGUUUCACCAGAUGAUCUUUAUGCUGUUAUUAGCAAGAGAAUUGAGCGAGUCUUGAUUCGCACGGAAGGUGGUUCUUACCAGCAACGCAUACUUGUGGAGUAUCUAAAAGAGAUACAAGCUAGAGCUGAGGAAGUUGUCAAAGUGCUUCAAGGACCAACUAUUUAAAAUAUGCUGAUCCGGUUUACACUAUACAUGUUUUGUCCGUUUGAUCAGAGUCUGAUGGGCCACUUGGCUCUGGCUGAAUCUUGUUGAUGGUGUUUGGCAGAGAACUAGGAGCAGUUUCAGAUAUACUGUUGCUCAGACCAGAUCACGCAAGGGGAGGGGAGCGCAGGAAAUGGAUAAAAGAUAUAGAGCCAGGAGAAGUGCGCAAUUACAGCAAGUCGCCCAUGUUCUUUUUUCUUUUUUUUUGGGGGGGG